AUGUCCUACCAAGGCAAGAAGAUCACCCUGCGGAUCGCGAGCGAGCGUUUUCUGAUCAAGGGAGGCAGAAUCGUUAACGAUGAUCAAUUCUUUUAUGCUGAUAUUUACAUGGAAGACAGCUUAAUAAAGCAAAUUGGAGACAAUCUGAUUGUCCCUGGAGGGGUGAAGACCAUUGAGGCCAAUGGGAAAAUGGUGAUUCCUGGAGGCAUUGAUGUCCACACUCACUUCCAGAUGCCCUACAAGGGAAUGACCACAGUGGAUGACUUCUUCCAAGGGACAAAGGCUGCCUUAGUGGGGGGCACCACCAUGAUCAUUGACCACGUGGUGCCCGAGCCCGAGUCCAGCCUGACAGAGGCCUAUGAGAAGUGGCGGGAGUGGGCCGAUGGCAAGAGCUGCUGUGAUUAUUCCUUACACGUGGACAUUACCCACUGGAAUGACAGCAUCAAGCAGGAGAUGCAGAGCCUUAUCAAGGACAAAGGGGUGAACUCCUUCAUGGUUUCCAUGGCCUAUCAGGAUUUGUAUCAAAUGUCGAACACAGAGCUGUAUGAGAUCUUCACCUGUCUGGGAGAGCUGGGAGCCAUCGCUCAGGUGCACGCUGAGAAUGGGGAUAUCAUUGCCCAGGAGCAAACCUGGAUGUUGGAAAUGGGGAUAACCGGCCCAGAAGGCCAUGUACUGAGCAGACCAGAGGAGAUGGAAGCUGAGGCUGUGUUCCGUGCCAUCACCAUCACCAGCCAAACCAACUGUCCUCUCUACGUCACAAAGGUCAUGAUCAAGAAUGCAGCCGACCUCAUCUCGCAAGCCAGGAAAAAAGGAAACGUGGUCUGUGGUGAGCCCAUCACUGCCAGCCUGGGCACGGAUGGGACCCAUUACUGGAGCAAGAGCUGGGCCAAGGCGGCUGCAUUUGUGACAUCCCCACCUCUGAGUCCUGACCCAACCACCCCUGACUACAUCAACUCCUCGCUGGGCAGUGGGGACCUGCAGCUCUCCAGGAGUGCCCAAUGCACCUUCAGCGCGGCCCAGAAGGCCAUCAGGAAGGACAACUUCACAGCCAUUCCCGAGGGCACCAAUGGUGUGGAGGAGUGGAUGUCUGUCAUCUGGGACAAGGCAGUGACCACGGGGAAGAUGGAUGAAAACCAGUUCGUGGCCGUGACAAGCACAAAUGCUGCCAAGAUCUUCAACCUGUAUCCCCGCAAGGGCAGAAUAUCUGUGGGCUCUGACAGCGACCUGGUGAUCUGGGAUCCAGAUGCUGUCAAGAUCGUCUCUGCCAAGAACCACCAGUCGGCUGCAGAGUACAACAUCUUUUAAGGGAUGCAGCUGCGUGGGGCUCCUCUGGUGAUCAUCUGCCAGGGCAAGAUCAUGCCGGAAGAUGGCAACCUGCACAUGACCCAGGGGGCUGGCCGCUUCAUUCCCUGCAGCCCCUUCUCGGACUAUGUCUACAAGCGCAUUAAAGCCCGGAGGAAGAUGGCGGACCUGCACGCAGUGCCCAGGGGCAUGUAUGACGGGCCGGUGUUCGACCUGACCACCACGCCCAAGGCGGGCAUCCCCGCCGGCUCCACGCGGGGCUCUCCCACGCGGCCUGUGGUUCCUGUGAGGAACCUCCAUCAGUCCGGAUUUAGCCUGUCAGACACCCAAGUGGAUGAGGGGGACCGCUUGGCCAGCAAGUGCAUCGUGGCGCCCCCUGGAGGCUGUUCUAACAUCACAUCCCUGAGUUAAGCGACCCCUCCCCCAAAGAGAGGGGCAGAAGCAAGAAGCGAUUCUUUUGAAGCCCAAAUGGUGCACCACUAUUUAAGAAGGAA